CCGGUCCGCCGACACAGACGGGAGCGAUGGAAGAAGAGUUGAAAUGCCCGGUUUGCGGGUCUCUCUUCAAGGACCCCAUCCUGCUUCCGUGCUCCCACAAUGUCUGCUUGGGAUGCGCUCGCAACAUCACGGUUCAGACCCCGGAGGGGGAGACCCCGGUGCAGAGCCGAGCCUCGGGCAGCUCUGACUACGACUACCUGGACAUGGACAAGAUGAGUCUGUACAGCGAAACGGACAGCGGAUACGGCUCCUACACACCGUGCCAGCUCAAGUCUCCAAACGGGGUGCGGGUGUUUCCGCCGGCGAUCCCCCACCGACAAUGCACCCUCACCUGUCCGCUGUGCCACCGAAGCGUCUCCCUGGACGAGCGGGGGCUCCGGGGUUUCCCCCGGAACCGGCUGCUGGAGGCCAUCGUGGCGCGGUACCAACAGAACCGCGCCGCUCCCUCCUCAUCUUCCAACGCGGUGAAGUGCCAGCUCUGCGACCGCAAUCCCGUGGACGCGGCGGUGAUGUGCGAGCAGUGCGACGUCUACUACUGCAACUCCUGCCAGCAGCGGUGCCACCCGUCCCGCGGUCCCCUCGCAAAACACCGCCUGGUGCCGCCAAACAAGGCGGCAGGAGGGGCGGCCAGCGGAGGAGGAAGCGGUAGCGGCGGCAGCACUGGGGGAGGUGGAGGCGGCGGUGGUCAGCAGCCUCCCGCUACCGCACGGAAACCCGCGACAUGCGUGGAUCACGAAGCGGAAAACUUCAGCAUGUACUGCUGCAGCUGCAAGGCUCCGGUGUGCAUGAAGUGUCUGGAGGAGGGAAAACACGCCAAGCACGACGUCAAACCACUGGCCGUGAUGUGGAAGCAACACAAAUGUCAGCUUUCCCAGGCCCUGAAUGGCAUCUCUGACAAAGCUAAAGAUGCCAAGGAGUUCCUCGUUCAGCUCAAAAACUCACUUCAGCAGAUACAGGAGAACGGUGUGGAGUUUGAAGCUUGCCUCGUGGCUCAGUGUGACUCUCUGAUCGAGGCGCUGACCAGACAGAAAGCCAAACUGCUCACGAAAGUCACGAAGGAGAAGGAGUACAAACUAAAAGUGGUGCGCGACCAGAUCACCCACUGCACCAUGAAGCUACGGCAGACCACCGGCAUGAUGGAGUACUGUCUAGAAGUCCUCAAAGAGAACGAUCCAAGCGGUUUCCUCCAGAUCUCAGAUGCUCUGAUCAAGCGAGUGACGUCGUCUCAGGACCAGUGGGUAAAAGGGGCCCUGGAGCCGAAGGUUGGCCCUGACUUUGACCUCACCCUCAACACUGACUCGCUGCUACAGACCAUCCUACAGCUGGACUUCUUGGAGCCCAGACCCUCAGUGCCAGCAGCUCCUCUCCUGCAGCUGGAGAAGUGCUGUACCAGGAAUAACAGCGCCACCCUGGCCUGGAGGGUAACUAUGCCUGCUUGCAGCCCCAUUGAGGGCUACAUCCUGGAACUUGAUGACGGCAAUGGAGGACAGUACAGGGAGGUAUAUGUGGGGAAGGAAACUGUGUGUACAGUUGAUGGCCUUCAUUUCAACAGUUCCUACAAUGCGAGGGUGAAAGCUUAUAAUGCCAUUGGAGUGGGUCCGUACAGCAAGACAGUCGUGCUCAAGACCUCUGAUGUGGCUUGGUUCACCUUUGAUCCCAGCUCAGCUCAUCGGGACAUUGUUCUGUCCAAUGACAACCAGACGGUCUCCUGUAACAGCUAUGAUGACCGUGUGGUGCUGGGGACUGCUGCUUUCUCCAAGGGCAUUCACUACUGGGAAGUAAGCAUUGAUCGCUAUGACAACCACCCGGACCCUGCGUUUGGUGUGGCGAGGAUCAACACCAUGAAAGACAUGAUGCUGGGGAAAGAUGACAAAGCCUGGGCCAUGUAUGUGGACAACAACCGCUCCUGGUUCAUGCACAACAACUCCCACACCAACAGGGCAGAGGGAGGCAUUACUAAGGGCUCGACUGUGGGCGUCCUGCUGGAUCUGACCAAACGCACACUAACCUUCUACAUCAACAAGGAACAGCAUGGACCAACUGCCUUUGAAAACCUAGAUGGGGUCUUCGUGCCCGCUGUCAGCCUCAACAGAAACGUGCAGGUGACGUUACUGACAGGCCUGGAAGUUCCAAAGAGUAUCAAACAGUAAGAGCUCCUCCUCACUCUGAGUGUGCCCUGAAUACUAACCAAUGAUGUCAUGUUCAGUACUGUCGGAUGGGACCUGCUCCUCUCUCAUCCUUCUCAAGGUGCACCUUGACCUGGACACACUCCAGCUUCACAACUUUUUAG